AUGGUCUUUUCUCAGCUUCGUUGCUUUAACCUCAGACUCGGCCUCGGCUGCCUUCUGAUUGCCGUCUCAUCUUUUAACUAUGGGUUCGACAACCAGGCAUUUGCUACGACUCAGGCAAUGGAUGCCUUUGACAAGCAGUUCGGCGUGUACAAUGCCAGACGCAGGACAUGGGAACUCGAGCCGUACUGGUUGUCCUUGUUCAAUUCUCUGAACUACAUCGGAUUUGCAGCCGGCGUUCUUAUUGGUAGUCAUGUCUCAAGCCGUUACGGACGAAGAGUGUGCAUGUUCUCCAUGAGUUGCUAUGCACUGAUCACGGCUACGAUCUCAGUCACAUCCCACAGCCGCGAUCAAAUCAUGGCUGCACGAAUUCUUAACUACGUUUACGUCGGCAUGGAACUCGCUGUAGUACCUGCCUUCCAGUCCGAGAUCGUUCCUGCAUCAGCCCGCGGUUUCAUCGUUGGCACCUACCAGCUAUCUUUGGUCUUUGGCGGUCUCGUCAUCAAUGCUGUGUGCAGAGGCACCAGCGGUAUCCAAGACAACCGUGCGUGGCGCAUACCUCUCGGGCUCUUCUACAUCGUACCAACCAUCGUACUGUCGCUCAUCUUCUUUACACCUGAGUCGCCGAGAUGGCUGCUCAAACAAGGCCGCACCGAAGAAGCUCACGAGAACCUCAGGAAGCUCAGAGUGGGUAAAUUCACAGAGGAGCAGAUCGAACUGGAGUUCCGUGAGCUGCAGGCUGCGUUACAGAACGAGGUCGCUUUCGAGAAAGGCAAAUUCAGCGAGGUCUUCAAGGGCGUGAAUCUCAAGCGAACAACACUGGUCAUUCUCGUCAACUUUUUCCAGCAAGCAACUGGGCAAGCAUUCGCAAGCCAAUAUGGUACCAUCUACAUCAAAUCCCUCCAGACGAUCAACCCGUUCAACAUGAGCAUGAUCACGUCAGCAAUCAACAUCGUCUCUGUCAUCGUAUGCCUCCUGAUCGUCGACACAGUCGGCCGACGACCCCUCCUGCUCAUCGGCUCCGCAGUCCAAAUGUGCGGCCUGCUCACCAUGGGCGCCCUCGGAACCCCAAACACCAUCACCUACUCGCUCAAGAUCGGCAUCGUAUCCAUGCUCGCCGUGAUGAUAGUUGGUUUCGGCCUGGGCUGGGCGCCGCUGACCUACGUCGUGACCUCCGAGCUGCCCGCGAUCAAGCUGCGCGACCACACACUGCGGCUCGGCUUCUUCACCAACGUCGCAACAAACUUCGUCGUCAAUUUCUCGAUCCCGUACCUGCUCAACGCGCGGUACGCGAACCUGCAGUCGAAAGUCGGGUUCAUCUUCGGCAGCUUCGCGUUUCUGUGCUUCGUGUUCACGUAUUUCUGCAUCCCGGAGUGUACGGGCAAGACGCUGGAGCAGGUCGACUAUCUGUUCCACAACAACGUGCCGCUGAGGAAGUUUGGGACGGCGGAUGUGCCGACGUUUGCGCAGAGGGAGAGGGGAAAGGAGGAUUUUGUCGAGACCGAAAAGGUUGUUCCUGAGAAGACGGUUGUAUGA